AUGGGGAUAAAGCCGUGGAACGUCUGCUGCCUGAUCCUACUGUGUGCAUCGCUCUCCAGGGAGGACGAGGUGCAGGAUCCCAAAGAAGAGGCGGCUCAGCUCAUCGCCAAUAUCAAGAUGGUAGAUGACGUCAAUGACAUCAUCAACUUCAAUGACCUGCGGCAGAGGAGAGUCUUCUUCACCAGGGACUGUGAGGAGCUCUACCUCUUGGGGCACAGGAAGAGCGGACUCUACGUGAUCCACCCCGAGGGCUCCCCUUAUCUCGUGGUCCAGUGCUACAUGUUCGACUGCGGGGGAUGGACGGUCAUCCAACGCAACAGCUACAACACGGAGAUCACCUGGAGCGAAACCUGGACGGCGUAUAAAUACGGCUUCGGGAACAUCGAGCUGGAUCACUACCUCGGCAAUCGCUUCAUCAACCUGUUAACCGCGCAGAAGUGGAACAAAGUCCGCUUCCUGCUGGUGGAUUCAGAGAACCGGUCCCGGUUCGCCGACUACGACAGCAUCUACCUGACCAACGAAACCGACAAGUACCGGCUGAGGUUGGGGACGUACGCAGGAGACGCCGGGGACGCCAUGACGUCCGGGACCUAUAAAAACAUACACGACAACAUGAGGUUCUCCACUUUUGACGGCGACAACGACCGGCUGUACAACACGAACUGCGCCAAUGAGUUCGGAGGCGGCUGGUGGUUCGACGCCUGCUACGACGCUCAUCUCAACAGCAGGGGGCGCCUGCACUGGAAACCGCUGUGCGACCACAACUGCAGGAGCUCGCUCAUCCUCAUACGACCCGUACAUAUGUAUUGUAACCGCGUGUAGACAAAGUACCGACCGGGCUCUGCUACAU